AAAUCCAAUAAUUAUCUUCAGCCCACCCUUCCCUCCUCCUCCUUUGUGGCCUCAUCCCCCAAAAACCACACCAAACCUCACCCUUCUCUCCCAUGGCUUCCAUAGCCACCACCUUCUUUUCUAGAACACCAUCCUCCCUCCCCUCCUUCUCCAAAACAAUCUCUUGCCCCACUUCCUCCACCUUCCUCUUCCUCUCCACCAAGAAAAGAUCUCCUCCACCGUCCCUCCGGCCGCCCCCGCCCUCCCCUCGCGCCACGGCCGCCACAAGCGGCACCCAGAAACCCUCCGUCGAGAGCGACGAGCGAAUCCAGCAAGUCCACACCGUCGCCGAGUUCGACGCCGCCCUCCGGUCCGCCAAGAACAAGCUGGUCGUCGUCGAAUACGCCGCCAGCCACAGCCCCAACAGCCGCCGCAUCUACCCUUGCAUGGUGGAGCUCAGCCGCACGUGCGGCGACGUCGACUUCCUUCUCGUCAUGGGCGACGAGUCCGACGAGACCCGCCGGCUCUGCCAGCGUGAAGGCGUCGACAAGGUCCCCCACUUCACCUUCUACAAGUGCAUGGAGAAGAUACACGAGGAGGAGGCCAUCGGCCCCGACCAAUUGGUCGGCGACGUGCUAUACUACGGCGACAACCAUUCCGGGGUGGUGCAGCUCCACCGCCGGGAGGACGUCGAGGCUCUGAUCGACGAGCACCGGGGGAUCGAGGGGAAGCUGGUGGUGCUCGACGUCGGGCUGAAGCACUGCGGGCCGUGCGUCAAGGUCUACCCGACGGUGGUCAAGUUGUCGAGGUCGAUGGCGGAUGCCGUCGUGUUCGCGAGGAUGAACGGUGAUGAGAACGAUAGUUGUAUGAAGUUUUUGAAAGACAUGGACGUGGUGGAGGUGCCAACCUUCUUGUUUAUAAAGAAUGGGAAGAUAUGUGGGAGGUAUGUUGGGUCAGGAAAGGGGGAGCUUGUAGGGGAGAUCCUUAGAUACCAAGGGGUGAGGGUUACUUGAGAGAUUUUAGAGGGUAUUCACAUUAUUGCAUGGUAUUCUUCUCCGUUGAUUUCACACAUUGGAGAAAAGCAUGUUUCAGUUCUGAAUUUGUGUUUUACAAAGAUGAUAAAAAAAAUUUCAUGGUAGAUAAUAAAA